UUCCGGAUUGAAAAUGGGUAUAAGGGUAUACAAGUCAAUUUAGUAUGAUUUAGGGCGAAAUCAUUUAAAUUUUAGAAUAGCAAUUCAGUUUUUUUUUUCCUCGCACAAAAUUUCGCCUGUUUGAUGCUCUCUGUCUCUAGAGUCUCUUCCCACUUGCUGCCGUUACCGUCGGCACUAAAACCCUAAUCUCACUUUCCCCAUUGCUCGAGUAAAAACCUUAAACCCAAAUCUCCCGGCCGCCCCUAUCACAUUUCAGAAUCACAUCGCAUAUGCAACUUCAGCAAUGGCGAUAAAGAAGUCGAAGAAGUCCACCGACGGCGACACCAAUAAGUCCAGCGAUGCAGACCUCCUGAAAUCCGAAAUCGCUUCUUUCGCUUCCUCGCUCGGCCUCGCUUCUUCCGCUCCCUCCUCUUCCUCCGGCUUCAACGAUGUCGAUUUUCGGAAACCCGCCCAUCCCAAACCAGCUCAGAAGACCUCCAAACCAAAUGUUCGAUCGGAUAAAAGCAAGACUCCCCAGAACCAGGAGAAGAAUUCCAAAAACGAGAAACCCGCCGGAGCCCAGUUCAAACCCAAACCCAAACCUCCAGUUCUGACGCUGGACGACGCAAACAAUACCAGAGCAACAUCGGUUGAGAAGUACAAGAACCUCUCCAAGCUGCCACUGAUAAAGGCAAAUGCAGUGGGUGUGUGGCACGUGGAUGCUGCGGAAUUGGAGGUGAAAGUGCUGGGAGAGGCUAACAAGAAGGUGGAAGUCAAGAUGAGCGUGGAGGAAUGGAAGAUGUUCGUGGAGAAGAAGAGGGAGGUUGGGGAGAGGUUGAUGUGGCAGUAUGCACAAGACUAUGAACAGAGUAGAGGGCAGAAUGCUGAUAUUAAGAUGCUUGUCACUACUCAGAGGUCUGGUACUGCUGCUGACAAGGUCUCCGCCUUUUCUGUCCUCAUUGGAGAUAAUCCCAUGGCUAAUCUGCGUUCUCUCGAUGCACUUGUUGGAAUGGUGGCAUCAAAAGUGGGGAAGCGUCAUGCGUUGUCAGGUUUUGAAGCAUUGAAAGAACUGUUUGUUGAAAGUUUGCUUCCUGAUCGUAAGCUGAAGACACUCUUGCAGAGGCCUCUUAAUGAUCUUCCCGAGACAAAAGAUGGUUAUUCCCUUCUUCUCUUUUGGUAUUGGGAGGAUUGCCUAAAACAGAGGUAUGAACGUUUUGUUCUGGCCCUUGAGGAUGCAUCCAGAGAUAUGCUACCCAUACUAAAAGACAAGGCUUUGAAGAGCAUGUAUAUGCUGCUGAAGAGCAAAUCAGAGCAGGAGCGGAGAUUGCUCUCAUCAUUAGUGAACAAACUCGGUGAUCCUCAAACUAAGGGUGCAUCCAAUGCUGAGUAUUACUUGACAAACUUGCUCUCUGAUCACCCCAGUAUGAAGGCUGUAGUCAUUGAUGAAGUGGACUCCUUCCUCUUUCGCCCUCACUUAGGGAUGCGAGCCAAAUACUAUGCCGUCAACUUUUUGAGCCAAAUUCGACUGAGCAAUAGAGGAGAUGGGCCGAAGGUUGCAAAGCGUUUGAUAGAUGUGUACUUUGCAUUAUUCAAGGUGUUGAUCACUGAGGCAGGUGUUAGUCAGCAAACGGAUAAAGACAGCAAAAUUGAAGAUAAAGGUACUUCUGGUCCUUCUAGGGAAGGGAAAGUUAAAGCUUCACAAGAAUCUCAUAUUGAGAUGGAUUCACGACUUCUUUCAGCUCUUUUAGUGGGGGUCAAUAGGGCGUUUCCUUAUGUUUCAAGUAAUGAGGCUGAUGAUAUAGUAGAGGGCCAGACACCAAUGCUCUUCCAGCUGGUUCACUCCCAAAACUUCAAUGUAGGAGUUCAAGCCUUAAUGCUGCUUGAUAAAAUCUCUUCCAAGAAUCAGAUUGUUAGUGAUCGUUUCUACCGUUCCUUGUAUGCUAAGCUUCUACUUCCAACUUCCAUGAAUUCCUCCAAGGUGGAAAUGUUUAUUGGCCUAAUCCUCAGAGCCAUGAAAAAUGAUGUGAACUUGAAGCGCGUCUCCGCAUUCGCAAAGCGCCUGUUGCAGGUUGCUAUGCAUCAGCCACCUCAAUACGCUUGUGGAUGCCUGUUUCUACUCUCUGAAGCUCUCAAAGCGAGACCCCCUCUAUGGAAUAUGGUGCUUCAGAACGAGGCCGUGGAUGAAGAAGAUGAGCAUUUUGAGGAUGUCGUUGAGGAAAACGGCAAGAAAGAUUCUACUGAUCCCCCUGCAAUGGAUGAAAGUAAUGAGAAGGAAGACCAUGAGCAUGAAUCUGACUCUUCUUCCGAAGAAGAAGAAGAAGAUAAGACUGUCGCCUCAAGUUCUGAGGAUGAUGAUGAUGAUGGUUCAGACGAUGAUGCUCGUCAACUGCUAAGAGUAGAUCAUUCAGAAAAAGUACAAUCGGAACCGGAACCUAACAACGAUGAUUUAAAAGCUGAUACCGGACUGGCUAGAGCUCCCUUGCCAGGGGGUUACGACCCUCGCCACAGAGAGCCAUCUUACUGCAAUGCUGACCGUGCCAGCUGGUGGGAGCUUCGAGUACUCGCUACCCAUGCCCAUCCUUCAGUAGCCACCAUGGCUGGAACGCUUCUCUCUGGCGCCAACAUAGUCUACAACGGAAACCCUCUAAACGACCUGUCGCCGAGUGCUUUCCUCGACAAGUUCAUGGAGAAGAAACCGAAGCAGAAGGAAUGGCAUGGCGGCUCCCAAAUCGAACCCUCCAAGAAGCUCGACAUGGACAAUAACCUGAUCGGGCCGGAGAUUCUGUCCCUGGCGGAGGAAGACGUUGCUCCGGAAGACGUCGUGUUCCACAAAUUCUACGCCAACAAAGCCAACAGUACGAACCCCAAGAAGCAAAAGAAGAAGAAGAAAAAGACCUCUGCGGAAGAGGACGCCGAGGAUCUGUUCGACGCGGGAGAUGGCGGCGCUGAUGAUGACGUGGCCGGAGGCGACGAGAGCGACAACGAUGAGAUUGAGGAGCUGCUGGACGCUACAUUGGAUCAAGAUGACGGCGGUGAGUAUGACUACGAUGAUCUGGACCAACUCGCCGGUGAGGAUGAUGAUGAGUUGGUGGGUGACGUUAGCGAUGUUGACAUGGAAGCUCUCUCGGAUGUCGCCGAGGGAGAAGACGAUAGCGACAUUGAGGUCGGAGAUGCUGAUUACGGCGAUGAGGACGAAGAGGAGGCAGUGGCGGUUGAUAGGAAGAAAAGACGGCGGCCAGGGAAGAUCGGCGGUGGUAAGGGUGCCUCCCCGUUUGCGAGUAUUGAAGAGUACGAGCAUUUGCUGAAAGAUGAAGACGAUGAUGGAACUGCCAAGAAGGAGAAGAAGAAGUCCGGCAAAGGCGGCAAGAAGCCAAAAUCGCGAAAGAAGAAGCAGAAAACGACUACUGACUGACUGAUUGAUUUCAAACAUUUAUGAUACACUACAGAUGCAUUGUACACCUUAAUUUAAGCUCUUGAACAUUUGAGCGGAAAACAGAGGAACACACUGAGCUACUGGAGUGCUGGUUACUACUACUACUACUACUAUGGUGCAGGCGUGCAACUACAUUAUAUUGGUGAUUCGUUUUCAGGAGAUGGCGACUUGGAAGGACUUGGGCUUGGGCGGCGGAGGGUGUUUCUCCGUCGAUGCCGUCGGACUUCCUCUCGCUUCCUCUUCUCGCCGCUCUUGAUCACCAGCAUGUU